CCACUCUGAUUUUGGCGCUUAACUUGGGUAGUUUAGUGUAUGUACUGUAAUCCGUAAUGUGGAUUUUAUUAGUUCAGAAGAGCAACGUGAAAUAAGUUACACAAUUUUAGUUAUACUAUACCGCAGAACGGCUAAACACUAAUACAGGUCUUUUUGGAUUAGGUGUUCCUGUAUGAAACUGGAAAUUUUAUAAUACUUGGAAGAAAAUGUUGGAAGGCACUCCAUCUCUAAUGCAGCCAUUGAUGGCUGACGGAGAGGAUUGGGGAGUGGACGAGCCCAUACUGACUGCUGACACCAUACCAGUGGCUCAGGGUCCAGAACUGCCUGAAAUCAAACUGUUCUGUCGUUGGAGCUGUGAUGAUAUGCAAGUUUCUGACAUGUGCCUUCAGAUGGCUGACGGAGAGGAUUGGGGAGUGGACGAGCCCAUACUGACUGCUGACACCAUACCAGUGGCUCAGGAUCCAGAACUGCCUGAAAUCAAACUGUUCUGUCGUUGGAACUGUGAUGAUAUGCAAGUUUCUGACAUGUGCCUUCAGAUGGCUGACGGAGAGGAUUGGGGAGUGGACGAGCCCAUACUGACUGCUGACACCAUACCAGUGGCUCAGGAUCCAGAACUGCCUGAAAUCAAACUGUUCUGUCGUUGGAACUGUGAUGAUAUGCAAGUUUCUGACAUGUGCCUUCAGAUGGCUGACGGAGAGGAUUGGGGAGUGGACGAGCCCAUACUGACUGCUGACACCAUACCAGUGGCUCAGGAUCCAGAACUGCCUGAAAUCAAACUGUUCUGUCGUUGGAACUGUGAUGAUAUGCAAGUUUCUGACAUGUGCCUUCAGAUGGCUGACGGAGAGGAUUGGGGAGUGGACGAGCCCAUACUGACUGCUGACACCAUACCAGUGGCUCAGGAUCCAGAACUGCCUGAAAUCAAACUGUUCUGUCGUUGGAACUGUGAUGAUAUGCAAGUUUCUGACAUGUGCCUUCAGGUAUUUUUUUAUUUUUUUUUGGCAUCUUGUGAUUAGAUUUAAUGUUUACUCUGUUCGCCAUUUUAAAAAGCAGCAACUCGUUUAAUAGAGUAUCGCUAGUCUGCAUCAUAUCUGAAUUGAAAUGAAAGACAGUUUAUUUCUGUUAUAAUUACAAUACUAUUACAAUUAGUAUUAAUAUAUGAAUUGAUAAUUACGAGGGCUGUUCGGAAAGUAGAUUACGUUUUGUAAUUAAAAAUUAACAAAGUAUAGGAAAAAAUUUUUAUUAUACAUUUGAAAGCCACACUUAAAUACUACUUUUCA